AUGAGUGGCAAUUCCAAUGGAUCACUUCCCAGUGGCAACAUAAAAACUCAGCCUUCAAGUUCUUUUAGAACUUACCAAGUUGUGGUGGCUGCAACUCCUGAUAUGGGAAUAGGAAAAGACGGCAAGCUGCCAUGGAAAUUGCCGGGCGACCUUAAGUUUUUCAAAGAGAUCACUUCAACAACUUUAGAUCCUAAAAAGAAGAAUGCUGUUGUGAUGGGGAGAAAAACCUGGGAGAGUAUUCCCCCUCAGUUUCGACCUUUGCCCGGUCGACUCAAUGUUGUCCUGACUCGUUCUGGAAGCCCAAAGAAUCACGAUGUUGAGAAUGUUAUUUUCUGCAAUAGUGUGCCCUCAGCUUUGAAACUGUUGGCUGAACCACCAUAUAGUAUUUCCGUGGAUAAGGUUUUCUUGAUUGGAGGUGGUGAGAUUUUGAGGGAAGCACUUAACGCGCCUGAAUGUGAUGCCAUCCACAUAACUGAAAUCAAGAGUAGCAUUAAUUGUGACACCUUUAUUCCUCCAAUUGCUACUUCACUUUAUCAUCCAUGGUACUCAACCUCCCCUCUUGAGGAAAAUGGUAUCCCAUAUUGCUUUGCAACAUACGUGCGGUUGCAUACUAAUUCUGGCUGUGAAAUAAACUGUGACGUUCGUGCACCACCUUCCAAAAAAUUAAAACUCUCGAAUUUCACUUUCUUGCCCAAAUUUAUUUUCGAGAAGCAUGAAGAAUAUUUGUACUUGAGACUAAUCGAAGAUAUUAUUUUAAAUGGAAACACCAAAGGUGACAGAACUGGAACUGGGACUCUUUCCAAAUUUGGUUGCCAGAUGCGCUUUAACCUGCGUAAAUCUUUCCCUCUUUUGACCACCAAGAGGGUUUUCUGGCGUGGAGUUGUUGAAGAGCUUUUGUGGUUCAUCAGUGGUUCAACAAAUGCUAAGGUUCUACAGGAAAAAGGGGUACAUAUAUGGGACGGCAAUGCAUCCAGAGAAUUCCUUGACAGGCAAUUACAAAAACUCUGGAAAUUUAGUUUUAUUGGAUUGACGGAAAGGGAAGAGGGUGAUUUGGGUCCAGUAUAUGGAUUUCAAUGGAGACAUUUUGGUGCCAGAUACACCAAUAUGCAUGCCGACUAUGCAGGACAAGGGUUUGAUCAGUUGCUGGAUGUUAUCAACAAGAUUAGAAAUAAACCUGAUGACAGGCGGAUUAUACUCUCUGCCUGGAACCCUUCAGAUCUUAAUUUGAUGGCCUUACCACCUUGCCACAUGUUUGCACAGUUUUAUGUAGCCAAUGGUGAGCUAUCCUGCCAGAUGUACCAACGGUCGGCCGAUAUGGGUCUUGGGGUGCCGUUUAACAUUGCAUCUUAUGCGCUUCUAACAUGCAUGAUUGCUCAUGUUUGUGGUCUCGUUCCUGGUGAUUUUGUUCAUGUGAUUGGGGAUGCUCAUGUCUACAAGACUCACAUCGGCCCAUUGCAGGAGCAACUGAAGAAACAACCAAGACCUUUCCCAAUAUUGACAAUCAACCAGCAUAAAAAGGACAUUGAUUCAUUUGUUGCAGCUGAUUUUGAGCUGAAGAAUUAUGAGCCGCAUCCUAAGUUAGAAAUGAAAAUGGCGGUUUAA